UCGACUUCAUUUGACUAACAAAUGUUGUCUCAUAAAAGAAGCCAAAGAGACGCAGUGAAGGGACAGAAGAAAAGAAGAACGAGUAGGCGAAUCGUUGGUGUCGAUAUGGUUCCCUUGCUCCUUCACAUCCUGUUGGUGGCGACUCUGAGCUCAGAUUGUUCUGCCAUCACCCACACGGGGCGUAGGUUUGUUGUUGCAUUUCCCGAGAACAUUGCCUUCUAUCACCCAGUUCCACCUGACAACCGUAUCCAGAUCACAGCCAUAAAGGAUGCCACCAUCACCAUUGAAAUGAGGUACUACACUGACAUAACUGAGAGCCUGAGCGCUGGGCAGUUCAAGGAGUACUCCAUGAACAUUGAUAUGGAGCUGAGCAAAACUCCAUCCUUCAAAAUGGCGAUGGUCAAAAGCAGCGAUCUGAUCACUGUCAACGCCCUCAGCCUCAGAAGCAGCAGCCUACAGUUGGCGCUGGUUUUACCAGUUCACGAACUGGGAACAAAAUACAUGAUCCCACAAGUGCCUCACAUCCCCGGAACCACCGACAUCAUGUCCAUGGCGGUGACAGAGAGAAGACCAUUCAAGCUGGUCAUUGUCAGUGCUCAGGAGCGGACCACGGUGACCAUUAAAGGCUUAGAAACUACAGUAUAUCAGCUUGAACCUGAGGCCGUGGGCCAGGUGCUGGUCACACAGGAGAACCAGGGUGGAGUUCUGAUGUCUGACCAGCCGGUGGCCGUGCUCUUCUCUCACUCAUGUGCCAUCAGGGACGGCUGUUCCUGUGGGAUGCUGCAGACGUUACUGUUACCCGCCAAAAACGACAGCUUCCCCUUCCUCGUCCCCCCUGCUCUGGCCAACGGUACUGUUGGGGAAACAUUUAUUUUAUCCGGUGCAACCUCCAACACUCCGUCUCCUUAUGUACCAGAAACACCAUGGCUGGACGGAUACGAUGCGGCUGUCCUCUACAGACCCGGCUUCCUUCUGAGCCUGGUCCCACAGACGGACCUCGCCUCCUGCUUUAUAAUCAACAGCAUUCAAAACAUGGAGAACGAGAUGGUGAUGGUGGUCCACAAGAAUCACACUGAAAGAGUUCGCCAUGGAAACGCUGCUCUAGUAGAUCCAAACUGGCAGCAGCUGACAGGGACGGACUACAUGUGGGCAGCAGUGAGUGCACAGCCAAACAGGAACGUGGUGUGGCACCAAUCCUCCAAAAUGAUCCUCUACUUUCUAGGACAUUCCAACACCUCUUCAUUUGGAGUUCCAGCAACCAUCAUCAGCAGAAUUCCAGACUUCAGGGGCUGCGUCCUGGUUCCAGAGCGUUUACUCCUAGGAGAUGUUGCCCACAGUUGGGCCGCGUCCGUUCAGUUCUGUCGAAAAGAGGGUCUGGAUCUGGUCAGCUUCUCCAAGUCUGAAGAAGUGCCACACAUCUACUCCAUUAUAAAGAAGGCGAUGAACGGCAGUGAAGACGACGUGUGGAUCGGCCUGCGCCGCCGCUCUCAGACUGGCGAAUGGUACUGGCUGAACCAGGAACCCGUCGCUCAGACCAACUGGGCCCAGGGCGAACCCGGAGAAAUGAACGAGGGCCAGUGCACCAUCAUGAGUCUGAGCUCGUUCAGAUGGAGAGAUGAGGAGUGCUGUCAAUCUGCACGCCCUGUGUGCUACAAGAGACCAGAGUUCUUCCCUGUGUAGUCCGAUAGUCCAGCACACUGGUCCAGACAUCCACAAACCAGGGACGUCUGACGAUAUUGGCCCACCGAUAUCAUCGGCAUGAUAUUAGCAUAAUUAUGUCAUAUCUGUAAGAAUCGUUAUCGGUUUUUCCUCUGACAAUAAAAACCCUAUAACGCAGUGCCUGG